AUGUCUCUCCUUCGUCCUUCGAGCUUCUUCAACUCUUCCUUCGACGACUUGGACGUGAUCCCUUCCUCGAUGCGAGACCUCAUGAUGAUGAAUCCCUUCGCGACCGCGGCUGCUAGUCGCCCCAACGUCAAUGGAGGCGACUACCGUAUCUGGUCCGGACCCAAAGUGGACCUUCACGAGGAGGACACCAAGUUUGUCCUCACCGCCGAACUGCCCGGUGUCAAGAAGGAGGACGUCAAGAUCAACGUGGAUGCCGAUCGACGCAGGCUCACCCUCGAGGGUCAUAUGAAAAGCGAAUACUCGUCGCAGCCCGCAAGGGAGACCUCUGCGGACAAGGUGAACGCCAUCAAAGACAAGAAGGACGCUGGCGCCACCUCUGCCUCGAACGAGGUGAGCAAGAAGGAGACUGAUGGCCAGGUCGCUCCUGUCCGCCACGCCCUCGUUUCGGAGCGCGUCUACGGUUCCUUCAGCCGCUCAUUCACUCUUCCUUCUACGGCCAACUUCUCUGACAACAUGCUCAAGGCUCGCUUCAACGACGGUCUGCUCCGCCUCGAGAUCCCCAAGAAGAAAGAAGAGCACUCCAAGACGCGCCAGAUUGCCAUUGAGACAGCUUGA